CCGCCGCCCGCCAUCGCUGGGUCAUGGGCGCCGCCGGCUCCUCGGCUCUGGCCCGCCUGGGCCUCCCCGCGCCGCCCGGGCCCCGCUGGCUGGGGGUGGCCGCCCUGGGACUGGCCGCGGUGGCGCUGGGAGCCGUCACCUGGCGCCGCGCGCGGUCCAGGCGGCGCGGGCGGCUGCAGCAGGUGGGCACAGUGAGCGAGCUGUGGAUCUACCCGGUCAAGUCCUGCAAGGGGGUGUCGGUGGACGUGGCCGAGUGCACGGCCCUGGGGCUGCGCAGCGGCCACCUGCGGGACAGGUUUUGGCUUGUGAUCAACAAAGAGGGGAACAUGGUCACAGCGCGACAGGAGCCCCGCCUGGUCCUGAUCUCCCUGACCUGUGAGGGUGACGCGCUGACCCUCAGUGCGGCCUACACCAAGGACCUACAGCUGCCCAUCAAGACGCCCACCACAAAUGUGGUGCACAAGUGCAGAGUGCACGGCUUGGAGAUUGAGGGCAGAGACUGUGGCGAGGCCGCGGCCCAGUGGAUAACAAACUUCCUGAAGACGCAGCCCUACCGCCUGGUGCACUUUGAACCCCACAUGCAACCGAGAAAUUCUCACCAAGUGGAAGACGCAUUCCGACCCACGGACCAGAUCCCGUACUCAGAUGCCAGUCCCUUCUUGAUCCUUUCCGAGGCAUCGUUGGCAGAUCUCAACUCCAGGCUAGAGAAGAAAGUUAAAACAGCUAACUUCAGGCCCAAUAUCGUAAUUUCAGGCUGUGGUGUCUAUGCAGAGGACUCAUGGAAUGGGCUUCUUAUUGGUGACGUGGAACUGAAAAGGGUGAUGGCUUGCUCCAGGUGCAUUUUAACCACAGUGGACCCGGAUACCAGCGUCAUGAGCAGGAAGGACCCACUGGAGACCCUGAAGAGUUAUCGCCUGUGUGACCCUUCUGAACGAAAGUUAUAUGGAAAAUCACCUCUCUUUGGACAGUAUUUUGUUCUGGAAAACCCAGGGACCAUCCACGUGGGAGACCCUGUGUACCUGCUCGGCCAGGAAUAGGAAUCAUAUGUCCUGGAAUAGCAGAUGCCUUUCAAAAAUGUCUUCAAAACUGAUAACACUUGAAACACAGUAUUUUGGAAUGGGCAUUUGACUCCUCAGCGUUUUCUUUAGAACUGUAGUCUCCAAGUUUUCCAUCUUUCUCUGGACUUCUUCCUCAUGUCCCAGUGCUUCCAGCAUCCCAGGGUACAAAGCAAAGGUUUGAUAACUUAAUAGGACUUCAGUAAGUCACCUAAAUGACAAGGCAGGAUUCUAAAAAUUGCUUUAUGUUUAACUAUGAUUGUGGAAUAACUCUUUCUCCUUCUUCUCCAUUCACCUACUCAUAACCUCCAUCAUGUCACUGCUAUGCCUUAGGGAAAAGGAGAGAAGAGAAAGGGUGGGAGAUUGAGAAGAAUGUUCUGGAAUAUUUUCUUACCCCAUGCCUCAGCAUGCAAUGGAAAUUAAAUAGCACUCCAAA